GAGGAGCGCACAUACCUCCAGACAACGGACAGCAAGACUCUACUGUGCUCGAAAGCUGAGGAGCUGUAAGAAAAGACACCGGGGAAGAGGAAAAUAAUUCAUCUUUAGCAGGGCAGAGACGAAUCACACAAAGCCAAAAGGCUGCGGGUCCAUAGCAUGGGAGCGCUAUGUUGUCCAGGAAAGGACUCAUUCCUGAGGAUUACUUGCCGACACGUCUGGCUGAAGGUGUCCUGCAGCCAAAAUUGUUUAAGGCCAAACCGGGGAAAGCACGGUUCGUCGCCAAGAACGGCACCUGCAAUGUAGCGCACACCAACAUCCGAGAACAGGGUCGAUUCUUGCUGGACGUCUUCACCACUCUCGUGGAUUUAAAAUGGCUCCACACAAUCAUCAUCUUCACCAUGUCCUUCCUGUGCAGCUGGCUCCUUUUCGGGAUGAUCUGGUGGCUUAUUGCGUUUGCGCACGGUGACAUUGACCAGAGAGGAGGCGACUUUGUCCCGUGCGUAACGGGCAUUCACUCCUUCGCCUCCGCUUUCCUCUUCUCAAUAGAGGUCCAGGUGACCAUCGGCUUCGGGGGCCGGAUGAUCACGGAGGAGUGCGUCUCUGCCAUCAUUGUCCUGAUCGUGCAGAACAUAGUCGGUCUGGUCAUCAACGCCAUCAUGCUCGGCUGCAUCUUCAUGAAAACUGCGCAGGCCAAUCGGCGCGCAGAGACGCUCAUUUUCAGCAAGCACGCAGUCAUCUCCGUCCGAAACAACAAGCUGUGCUUCAUGAUCCGCAUCGGUGAUCUGAGGAAAAGCAUGAUCAUCAGCGCCACCGUGCGGUUGCAGGUGGUCAGGAGAAGCACCACCAACGAGGGCGAGGUGGUGCCUCUGGACCAGAUCGACAUCCACAUUGAUAACCCGGUGGGCACGAACGGCGUCUUCCUGGUGUCCCCCCUCAUCAUCUGUCAUGUGAUCGACAAGGACAGCCCUCUGUAUGAGCUGUCCGCUUUUGACCUGCAGCACGAGGACAUCGAGGUGAUCGUGGUGCUGGAGGGGGUGGUGGAGACCACGGGCAUCACCACCCAGGCCAGGACCUCCUACGUGUCGGAGGAGAUCCUGUGGGGUCAGCGCUUCGUGCCCACAGUCUCCGCGGAGGACGGCAUGUACGCGGUGGACUACUCCAAGUUCGGUAACACUACGAAGGUCCCGACGCCGUGCUGCAGCGCCAAGAAACUGGAUGAGGCAGGUGGCAUCGCUCGGUUUAAACUAAACGAGGGCGUCACCUUCCGGGCGACUGUGAGAAGGCGGCGGGGCUCGGUGGUCCGCAGGUCCAGGAAGGAGAUGUAACUAGGACCGGUUCAUGUAAACCAUGACUGCCAGCAUUUUAUUUUAGGAUUGAUUAUUUAAAAUGGAGGAUAGUUAAAUGACAAAGUGAUGUUUCUUUUAUAAUUAAUGUAUGUGUGUUAUGGAAUACCUCUAAUCAAUAAUUCACAUCAGAUGCAGUCAGAUGUGCGCACAUCAAGAAGCUUUUCACUGAUUGUCACAGAAUUCACCGACAAUGAACACAAAGUACAGUUUGGAUGCGUUUGAUCUUUUUAUUAUCAUCAAGAGUGUAAGCAUGUAAGCAAUAAAGGAGAAUAUUUCAUGUAAAGUGUUUUUGUGGCUGGAGAGACGAAAUUAUAUGAUUUAAAAGGGACACCUCAAUGAUUUAGCAUUGCCCUUCCAUAAAGUUAGGGGUCUCACAAGCAUGGCCGGACCAAUACUGGAGGUUUGAGGUCAAUAUCAAUAUUUGUGAGUUUGGAAAAAUCAAGUAUUGAUCCAGCAACAUUUUUGAUAAGGAUUACUGCAAAUUGGUUAUUUACGAAUUGAGAACAAUGUCUUUCAGAUGAAUAGACUAUACCAUGCUAUGACUGGCUUGUGACAUUGUUAUGUCAAACUAUACUAAACAAGUUUGAGGGUCAAACAUAAUUUCCUGGUGAAUUUUCAUGAACAAAUUCAUGAUGUGUUAUGAAGAGUCUGCAUUCAUGUAAAGAAUAACAAAAUAUAAUUGGAUAGAAUAUAAUGCAGUAAGGCUCCCAGGCAGUCUGUAUUGCUGUCAAAUAUGAAUUCUGCUUUUGAUCAACUUUUCAUUUAAUGUUAUCACUGCUGAGUCAACACACAUGUAAGCAUGCUUUACUCUUCCAUUUUGUCUUUACACUAUACUAUGACAUUUUUACAACUGUUUUUACAACAUACUAUACUAUACUAUGAGUGUUACAUUCCCCGUUUGGCAUCUAAGGGAUGCGGGGAGUAACGAUGUUAUUUUUCCCGGGGAAAGAGAGAGUGAGUAGUGAAAAUGGUUUGUUUAA